AUGGCGACAUCGCGGCUGGCUCGCGACGUCGUCGCCUGCGCGGCACGUCGUUUCUCUGUCCUCACUGCCUUCUCGCCAUGUCGCCACCUCACAUCCGCCUCCCCGACUCGCCGGAACCCAUCCUCCACAGCCUCUCGCCUCCCCUCCAAACUCGCCUCCCCGCCAAACUCGCCUCCCCGCUACUCCGUGUCCUGGCCGUGCGACCUCCGGUGCCGCCUCGCCUUCUCAUCAGCGCAUCGCCGCCAGAUUGCCGCCACAUCGCUGCCUCGCCGCGAUAGGAGCCUUCUCAUCGCCGUUACAUCGCCGCCUCGCCGCCUCGCCGUCUCGCCGACUCGCCACAUCGCCGCCUCCCACAUUCGCCGCCUCGCCAAAUCGCCGCCUCGCCGCCUCGCCACAUCGCCAUUCCCCUCCUUUCGUCCCCUGAUUCCCCUCCAUUUCCCCCCUGCUUCCCCUCCUUUCCCCCCCUACUUCCCCUACUUUCCCCCCUGCUUCCCCUCCUUCCCCCCCCCUCUCCUUCCACCCCCCCCCCCUUCCCCCCCUGCUUCCCCCUGCCCUCUCUACCCCUUGCCCUCCCCUCUCCUCCAUGUCUUUCCCUCUAUCCCCUGUCCUCCCUUCUCCCUCUGUCCUCCUCUCUACCCGCUGCCCUCCCUUCUCCCCCCUGUCCUCCUCUCUACAUCCUUCAUUGUUCCAUGCCUCCAUCCCUCCUCCGUUCAUCCCUGCUUCCCACCGUUUGAGGCUCGCUUCGUCCCUUCCUUUUCUCAUCCCUUCCUCCCUUCUCUCAUCCCUUCCUCCCCUCUCUCAUCCCUUCCUCCCUUCUCUCAUCCCUUCCUCCCUUCUCUCAUCCCUUCCUCCCUUCUCUCAUCCCUUCCUCCCUUCUCUCAUCCCUUCCUCCCUUCUCUCAUCCCUUCCUCCCCUCUCUCAUCCCUUUCUACCUUCUCUCAUCCCUUCCUCCCUUCUCUCAUCCCUUCCUCCCUUCUCUCAUCCCUUCCUCCCUUCUCUCAUCCCUUCCUCCCUUCUCUCAUCCCUUCCUCCCUUCUCUCAUCCCUUCCUCCCUUCUCUCAUCCCUUCCUCCCUUCUCUCAUCCCUUCCUCCCUUCUCUCAUCCCUUCCUCCCUUCUCUCAUCCCUUCCUCCCUUCUCUCAUCCCUUCCUCCCUUCUCCCAGUGCGUGACACUGUCUUACCUGGAGGGCGCACGGCAGCUGGUGCCUGCUGCAGGGGCGCCGCUGUGCAGUACCCUUUGAACCUCACAGUGGGCAACCUCUGCUACUUCAUGGCUGCGCCAGCCCGCAGCUACCAGGUUCUGCUUGCCACCUCAGCAAGUCAGGCACUUGUCUCAUACUCCAUUGCCGCUGGAUGCAGUGUUGCGUUCAUCGCACCCUGUCUCUUGUUUUGCUGCCCAUCUGACUGCUUGUGCCUCCCCUUAUCGUGCUCUGUCUGCCUCUGCACAUGUGCGUUCCCUCCCUUCCCUGUUUCUAAUUUCCCUGCCCAGUCCUUCCCACCUUCCCUCUCAUUGUGA